UUUCGGCCAUAUUGUUAUGACGCAUACAAGAUCAUAGGUCUCCGCCAGUGACGAGUCUUCUCGCAGUUGACGUGGCUACUACGUACCGUCCCGUUCGCCCACUCCGGACGCAGCAUAUACGGUGACGAGGAAUACGUAACUGGUGAGCAUAGUGGGCAUGGACGGAAUGGUGGAGGAGAACGGCACCUCUGGCGCGUCAGGCGUCACAGACCCCUUGGCGAGUGCAGCCUCAUCGGCAAGCACCACGCCUCAUGUCGUCGUUACCAGCAUUGUGCAACUUACGUUGCCAACGCAAGCACCAUCGGCACAGGUCCAAUCAGUUAUACAACCUAAUCAACAGUCUGUUAUUCAGACAGCGUCUAAUAUACAAUCAGUGCAAUUGCCUAAGGGAAAUGUUAUAUUGGUUAGCAAACCAAGCUCUGUUAUACACACUACCCAAGGAACUUUGCAAACAUUACAGAUAAAGCCUGAACCAAACACAUUAGUGAGCACACAGGGACAAUCUUGCAGUGAUGAAAGCUGUAGUGAUGAUGAAAACCCCAAAAGAAAUUACAGAGAAAUGUUAACCCGACGCCCCUCAUAUAGGAAAAUACUGAAUGACCUUGGAGGAGCUGAAAUUGCAGAAAAUCGCAUGGGAAAUAAAGCAGGAUUGGAAAGUGAAGUGUCGCUGUCACCUUCUUUAUCAUUUGCUCCAGUGAUUCCAGCUGGUGCUUUGCAGACUGAGAGUGGUUUGCAUACAUUGGCUGUAUCAGGCGGAACUGGAGGUGGCGCGAUAGUGCAAUAUGCGACAAAUCAAGACGGGCAAUUCUAUGUACCCGGGCCUAUCCUAGAAGAUCAGACACGAAAACGUGAACUACGAUUAUUAAAAAAUCGAGAAGCAGCAAGAGAAUGUCGACGUAAGAAGAAAGAAUAUAUAAAAUGUCUUGAGAACCGAGUCGCAGUGUUAGAAAAUCAAAACAAAGCCCUUAUAGAAGAGCUAAAAUCACUAAAAGAACUAUAUUGCCAACAAAAAACAGAAUGAGGUCCAGCCGGCUAACCAGGUGUGCCGCUGCCCUGCCGGUAAGAGCCUAGAGGCACACAUAUUUUUCGAAAUUGUACUACAUUCAGAGUACACACUUGGUUUCGUCCAGGUUAAAGUGCCGAGGUGGACUGAUAAGAUGUCAUGUAUAAAUCUCUUAAAAGCAAAAAGUAGAUUUUUGACAAAAAACAUUUUAACUUUACUAUUAAAUUAUAGUAGUAUAGAUAUUUUUCAGCUGCCUCUAACAGUUUUUAGUUUGGAAUCCACUGUAACUGUAGUUUCAUAAAUAAAAUUUUCAUGAUAGCUGUAUUAUGAAAAUUGAGGAAUAAUGGUUGAAGUAAAUUAAAAAUUAAAAACUAUGCAAGCAAAGUCAUACAAUUGAAAUUGCAAUAGUUUUCUCGGUUAUUUACAAUUCUCAACAAUAGAUAAAAUCUAUUAUAAUUAAACCUAUUCACUGUUAUAACACUGCCUGUUGAUACUGCAUGUGUCAAUCGAUAGGUGAUCAUAACAAUUUUUAUAUUUUAUUGAAAAUGUCUUAAACAUAAGUAACUUCAAAUUUGAAAUUAAUUAUUGUCACCAAAAAUUAGUUUGCUAUAAUUGUUACUAAUUAACUAACUAUAUAAAUGUUAAUAACUUAUAGGUUUUAUGAAAAUCAAUAAAAUAAUAUGAGUAAAUGAUUCAAUAUAACAAAAUAUUUGUCCUCACACAAGCAGUGCCCCUGCUAGUGCAUUAGAUAUUUCAUCUUAAAUACUAUAAACUUAUUAUGGUUUGUGUUAAAAGUAGUCAGAGAUCUUUACUAGUCUGCAGGCUUAAUCCUUAAUAAUAACCAUUGUAUUAUAAGCCCUCUAAUUUAAAUAUGUUUUAUUUAUGCACAAGCUAUUAUUUUAGGAUUCUGCAUAACAAUCAGGUUCACUCAUAUAUACAAAUCUCCAUAUAAUAUGUUUUAAAAUGUUCACCAAAAAGUCCAUUAUACUUGAGUUAAUUGGGAUUCUUUUUGUUGACCUACUAAAAUAUUUUAUUUUAUUUUGAUAUAUGUGAAAAUAUGCAAUAAAAAUCCUGCUGUCAAAUGUUUUAUCACCUUGAAUUAAGGCGUUUUUUUAAAUCUAUUAUAUGAAAAAAAAAUGUAAAUUUUUAUUCCCUAAUUUGCAAGUCUGCAUACAACACUUAACUAUAUUGUGUAAUAUAUAAUUAUGUAUAGCCAAGAUACAGAAGGUUAUAAUUUUAAUUCACUUCAACUGUUACCUUAUAAGAUAAAUUUUAUAUAAAAAAAGAUUUCAUUGAUUUGACAUUUUAACAUUUAACUUUUGUUAUUUUUUUAUAAUGUUACCAGUUAUACAGAAAGGUAUUUUAUAGCAAUUUGUAAAUUAUACAACAAUUAAGGUAACUUAGAAAAAUAUUUGUUUUAAAAGAAUGUGUUAAAUUUUCGUUCUAUCAUUCCAAAUCAAGCCUUGGUCUUCAAAAAUAUGACCAUAUUUUUUAACACAAUAAGGAAAACAUACUCAUUUGGCAUCUUUGAUGUUAAUGUCAUAAUAUUGAUCUAAAAAGGAUAUCAACAAAAACAAAAGAAUACCUUGACUGGACACUUGUGCCAUUUACUAUUCUAAACUUUUCAUUUAUUUUAAUUGUAUAUAUUCAAUUUUUAUGAACUGCUAAUAUUAUUAUUAACAUUAUUUUCUGUUUAUUGUUGCUCUUUAAAGAUAUAACACAAUUUACAUUGUCAUAUUUUUCUGUGAUGGGACAAGAGGAAGAGAUAGAGUUUACACAUUGUAAUUAUAAAUGAAACUAUUGUAGUUGCUUAGGUAUUCUUAACACCAUACAAAGGUGUUUGUAAUGGAUAAGCCAAAGUUAAUGUUUAGUUUUUUGUGCAAUAACAAAAUUGCAAUGUACAGUUUUAGCAAAGUACCGUUAUUCAGUCCUUAAUAAAAAAAAAUAUUAAUUGAAAUGAAAAGAAAUGUACAUUAUGUAUAGAUAGUAUAGAUUUUAUGUAUAGUGUAUUUUAAAGUUUCAAUUAUUUUGUAUAUAUACAUAUUAUGUAUUUGUGAACAGAAGCUGAUGUUGCAUAUCAUCCAAAAGAAUUCUCAAUUACGCUGAUAAACAAAAUCCUUAUACAUAUUAUUGAUUUAUACAUCAUUUCGGUUCACGAAAAAUGUAAAAAUAUUUUUGUGGAAGGGUAAUUUAGUUGACUUUUGAGAGUUAAAAUAAGAUUUUUAUAAGCUGUCAUUUGCCAUGAUUGAUAUGUGUAUAGUGUUAAAAUAGUUGUACCUUAUUAUAUUAUUUGAUCUUAAUUUGAGGUUAUUGUUAUUAUAACAAUUGUUUAUUGUGUUUAAGCAUAUCAUAUCAUGGCAAGUGAUAGAAGAUUUAAUGUAAGACAUUGUGAAAAGUGCCUUUAAAUUUAAAAUGAAUAAAGUUUAUACCGACAUA